AUGAAAAUGAACAGACGACACGGAGAGGGAGCUGAGUCAGAAGAACCGUGCGACGCGGAGGUCAAGGCGGGCCUGCGGGACCAGGACAGGAGCGCGCAGGGGAGGCCGCCGCCUCACCGGCGCUGCCGGCUGCGUUCCCAGGCCGAGCGCGUGCUCGUGGCCUGUGCGCUGCUGCGAGAGCACAAGGCUGACAGCCUAUGGGAUGCAUACACAAGCAUCAUAAAUGAUCAAGCCCUAAUCCUGUCCAUAAACUCCAGCUUUGUGGAUCCUUUACUACAAUUUGAAACUCAGCUGAAGAUCAUAGAGUCAUCCUUUAAAAGUGUAUUUACCAUCCCCUGUCUGGAGGAAGUGAAAGAAAUGGGGAACGGCAGCGAUGACGAGGACCUGCAGGAAUUAUACCAAAGUAUUUUAAACGUAUAUGAAGACACUCUUCUAAUCUUAGUGUCUAAAGACUUCUACAAACUGCAAAUCUUAAAGGAGAUGAUCGUGUGGAUGAGCAGAGACAGGCUGGGCCAGCAGGGGAGAAUCCUGGUGAUCAUCAGCAGGGUGCUCAUCUUCGCAGCCAAGAAAGUCAAGGAAAGUGCAAGCGUGGACGCUCCCUGUCUGGGGGUCCUGGCGGCAGAACUGUGUCUCUUGUGCUCGCACGCCAGCCGGUCCAUCACACAGCCCGCGUCCAUGGGAAUGUACCACCUCCUCUGCAUCGCCAAGCGUCAGAAUGAAUUCCUGCUCGACGUCUUGAAAGAAGACAAAACUGAAGUUGCUCGGAGUAUAGGACACAUGUUGCUGCCGUCCUUGCUGACUGACUUCGUGUGGAGUCUCCUGAUGAGACUGGCUAUGCCUGACCGCGGGAUGACGAAGGAGGCGGCCAACAUGCUGAGACUGACCCUGGAACACCACGCCCACAAGGUCACCAUGGUGUCUAAGAUCGUGGAACUUAUUUAUGUACAACUGAGUAAGAACUCUAACCACGUUAUGAAGCACGCCAUGUUGCGGGUCAUCACCUUGUUGACGCGUACUUCCCCGAAAAAAGUCAUCUUUCAGCUGAUGGACUACCCAGUCCCCGCAGACAACACUUUGGCCCUGAUGUGGCAGGCGGCCGGCUCCGAGGCCAGCGUGGCCCUCCCUGUGCUGACGACCAUCUUGCUGAUACUGCGAGGAAAGCCCGGGGAAAUGCAGGAGAGCCUGGCAGACAGAAGACGUUUCUCUCUCGACACCACAAACAUGAUGCCCAUGGCGGCAUCCCAGGCCCUGUGCACACUGCUGCCUGUCCCUUCCUACAAGAAGGCGGUGGCCCAGUUCUUCCCUCAACUCUUGAUGGCCCUCCUGUUCCAGGUCUUCUACACCUGCAACAUGACGCUGGUGAUAGAGAACAAACUUUUCUUUGCCCGGGACGCCCUGAGAGUUCUGCUGCACUGCUCCGGGCUGCAAGAGGUGGACACUGAUCUGAACAGAAAGAAUUUCUGGGACCAGAUCUCCCAAGUGCUGUUUCACCACCACGGGGUCUACCUCAUUGCCACAACCCUUGGUGAACAUAACUUUCCACAGUUUCCAGAGACCCUGCACUAUCUCUACAAGCUCUCAGUGGAAGGUCCUAGAAGGUCAGAGGACAGUGUGAUCACAGUCAUCUUCCUCACUGAACUUCUGAAUAAAUUCUUCAAGGACCCAUUCCCAGAAGAGUUUCUGGUUCUCUUCAGAAAAUGGAUCAACGACUCCAACCCCGCAGUGAGCAAACUGAGCCUGCAGAAGAUCGCCAGCAUGGCACCAGUCAUCAACCAGGUGCGAAAUGUCUGCAGCCUACUGUUAUCCAUCCUGGACGCCUUCCUUUCCAAAGACCAGACUGUUAUCAUCCGGGCCCUGCUCACCCUUCGGAGACUCUUAAACAAACUGGACAAGGUGACCUACUCCUCUCUGUGCACCCAAAUUGCUUCCAGCUACUGUCCGCUGAUGGACCAUAGCAACGGAGGUAUUCGGAGCAUGGCCAUCCGACACUUUGGCGAACUGGUCAGGGACAUGAGUCAGUACAGGUGGACGUUGAACAACGCGGUGUUCAGGGCCUUGGUGCCUCUGAUCCUGUUUCUGGAGGAUACAGAGACACGAGUCAUUACAGCAUGUAAACACACAUUGGCAAUCUGCGUCUCAGAGUUGCGCUGGUCAACAUCGAAUCUGCUCCUGGACCGGUGCUACAGUUUUGAGCUGGUUGUGCUCAGCAUCUGCAACAAUCUUUUUAUUUCUCACGGGAGAUACAUUGUGGAGCUGCUCUCUGACGCCUUGGGGUUCCUGAGGAACUCCCAAGUGUACCUGAGGAGAGCGUCAGUUAUUCUCAUAGGGUACCUGACAACAUUGGGUGGCCAUUUACUGCUCAGAGAUGACAUUGAGGUCAUACUUGAGGGUAUCGACCGGGUGCUGGACGACGAAGACCCAGAGAUCAAGGCCUUGGCGAGCAAAACCCACAAACUUCUCAAGAACGUGGCCAAUAAACUGACCUCCUCGGUUAUUAAACAAACCUCCCGAAGACUGUUUAACUUUAUCUACAUCAAGAAAUUCAAGCCUCUGUAUAAUUAUAUCUCGCCCAAUGAUGUGACAGAAAAGCCCUGUGGAGAUGAAAGAAACCAGGAGCGGGAAGAGAGGCCUUGUGCAUGA